GGCAGUUCAGUGGCGUCGCCGGUAGGGUGAGGUGGGGUUACGACGCUGAACUCUUAAAUUAGCUGUUUAGCUGUUGUGUUUGGUUGGAUUUCUGCAUAUCCCGCAAAAGAUCACAGUCUGGAUUUGUGGCAUCCAAAGUGAAGCUUAUUCGGCGCUAUCGCAUUGACUGAGCGGUCACUUCGGAAAGGAUUUCCGUGGCCCACGUUGACGUUGAGGAAACGUUGCGCCGUGCCUGCUGGAAUAAUGACCCCGCCAACAUCGACUCGCCCGGCGCGGGGGAGGUCACUUUCGUGAACGGCCGGAUCGAAAGCCAGCAAGUGAAUAAUUUGCUAUUGCCGGAAGAAAGUGCUGGGGAAGAUGAAAGGUGUGAAAGUGGUAAUGGUGCUGAGUGUAUUAGGAGAGUCGUGUGAUUCUCAGUGACCGGCUGCCAAGUGCACUUAGUUUAUUUUAGUUUUAUCCUAGUAUUUUACCCACCUGACAGACACCACAAGUGGCAAGUUUUGCAUGGUGUCCUUGAAUUCCUUUAUUGGUCCAAUUCAGGGCAUGGACCAUGUGCUAGCAGACCAUGUAUCCUGGGCACCUAAGCAAGAUUUUGCCAUGCUUUUGAUGGAGCGACAACAAAACAAAAGAGAGGCGGCCAAGCCGCGCGCCGGCCCCCUGUACGCCCGGUCGGCGGGCGGCGGUGGCGGGGGCGGUGGCGGCGCGGCGGCCGACCAGCCGGCGGCGCUAACCGACCGGCCUCCCUCGGACUCUGUGACCGAGGUGGGCGGAUCCAGCGGGCCCGACCUGCUCACCAUGCAGGCGCGCAUCCCGUACCAGUUCAGAGAGCCGGCCCAGGCGCCGCUGCGCAAACUCAGCGUCGACCUCAUCAAGACGUACAAACAUAUUAAUGAGGUCUACUACGCCAAGAGGAGGCGCCAGCAGAACCAGCGCGAGGAAGGCAAGAAGGAGCGCAAGAUCUACAACGACGGCUUCGACGACGACAACCACGACUACGUCAUCAAAAACGGCGAGAAGUUCCAGGACCGCUACGAGAUUGACUCGCUCAUCGGCAAAGGUUCCUUCGGCCAGGUGGUGAAAGCCUACGACCACGAGGAGCAGUGUCACGUCGCCAUCAAGAUCAUCAAGAACAAAAAGUGUUUCCUGGACCAGGCGCAGAUCGAGGUCCGGCUGCUGGAGAUGAUGAACCGGGCAGAUGCAGAGAAUCAGUACUACAUAGUGCGACUGCGGCGUCACUUCGUCUGGCGCAGCCACCUCUGCCUGGUGUUCGAGCUGCUGUCCUACAACCUGUACGACCUGCUGCGAAACACCAACUUCCGAGGCGUGUCGCUCAACCUUACGCGCAAGUUCGCGCAGCAGCUCUGCCGGGCGCUGCUCUUCCUAGGCACACCAGAGCUCAACAUCAUCCACUGCGACUUAAAGCCGGAGAAUAUCCUGCUCUGCAAUCCCAAACGGUCGGCUAUCAAGAUCGUCGACUUUGGGAGCUCGUGUCAGCUGAACCAGCGGAUGUACCAGUACAUCCAGUCGCGGUUCUACCGGUCUCCAGAGGUCCUGCUCGGCAUCCCGUACGACCUGGCCAUCGACAUGUGGUCGCUGGGCUGUAUCCUGGUCGAGAUGCACACCGGCGAGUCGCUCUUCAGCGGGACCAACGAGGUGGACCAGAUGAACAAGAUUGUCGAGGUGCUGGGGAUGCCGCCCAAGGCCAUGCUGGACAUGGCACCCAAGGCGCGCAAGUACUUCGACAAGCUGCCCGACGGCAGUUACGUGCUGAAGAAGACAGGCUCGGGCAACUACCGUGCGCCGGGCACCCGCAAACUGCACGACAUCCUGGGCGUGGAGACCGGCGGGCCGGGCGAGCGCCGACUGGGAGAGGUCGGCCACGGCGCCGCCGACUACCUCAAGUUCAAGGACCUCAUCCUUAAGAUGCUGGACUACGACCCGAAGACGCGCAUCACGCCGUACUACGCGCAGCAGCAUAACUUCUUCAAGAGGACGAGUGACGGUAGUACGAACACGGUGGGCGGCGCGUCCAACCCGGGCGGCUCGUGUGGCACCAGUCCGGCUCUGGAGAAUGGCACCGCUGCAGGACCGACCCGCGCCUCAGCGGCCGUCGUCUCAGGCUACCCGAGCUCCCGGCUUCGCGGUGACCACGGAGGCGGCCACCAGCACCCCCACGCGGCGCUGCUGCAGGCCGGGUUCGCCGGGCCGCCUGUCUCCGGGAUGGAGUGCGAGUCGCCGCUGGUGUACCGGCCCGGGGUGGCCUCCGGUGCGCCGCCCGCCUGGCCGGCCGCCGAGCCGGACCCGCUGCUGGCCGGCUUCGGGCGGCUGCCGACCGCCGCGCCGCCACCGCCGCCGGCCGCCUACCGCGCGCACCACGGCCAUCAUGCGCACCAGCACCCGGCGCACCGGCUGCGCGCGCUGGAGCCGGCGCCGCUGUCCGUGUGCCGCUCGCCGGACCCGCUGUACGUGAACACGGCGCCGCCGCCGGCCGACGGCGCGCCGCUCAACAUGCAGCUGUCGGGCUACCAGUCGCACCAGCUGCUGCCGGGCCACGGGCCGCUGCCGCCGCACCAGGCGCCGCCGCCCUCCUCCGCCACCGCCCAGUACGUCAACACCGGCUUCCUGCUGGGCUCUGGGAGCCUGGCGGCGCCGGCAGUCAGCGGCGCCGAGCCCUCCUCCGACGGCAGCCCCAUGCUGGGAGUGUGCGUCCAGCCCAGCCCGCUGGCCAGCCACUGAUAGUGAGCGCCGGCGUGCGGCGCCUCCGAUGGCCCGCCGCCGGCCGCUCCGCCCCCGCCGGCCGCUCGCACCAUGUCCAUACUGUACACACCUGCCUCGAUCUCAUCAUCACCCCGGGGGGAGUGGGCGGAGGCGCCGCCGCCCAGCCUGCGCCCGCCGCCGCCGCCGCCGCGAGUUGCCCGAUAGUUGUGAUACAAGUGUCUCGCUGAUUGUCACUGCCCGUCUGGCCGGCGGCGCCGCGGCCGCCGGCCGGCAGCUGCAGGGAUGACCCGAAGGCGGGCGGUGCCGGAACUGGAGAGUGAGCCAGCGGCGACGGCUAGCUACUCAUGUUUCAGUUCCUAGAGGUCUCUGCCACGCCGCGCCGCGCCGCCGUGUGUGUUGUUUUAUCUGGGCGCCCGCCGCUGACGGGUUUUAUUGUGAGGUGUACCGGCGCGUUUUACCGUGUGUCGACCGUCACUGAUCCCGCCCCGUCUUCGCCCGCCGAAGACCCGAGGGACCGGCCAACACUGACCGCAAUUUUGUUAUACAAUCACGUGAUCAAGCGAAACAGUUAAUUGUACAUACUUCGGAAUACAAGGCAUGAACUGCUUGCAGUGCCGGCAUGUGAUGGCUGA